CAACUUCGCCGUGACUGGGGUCACAGCAGAGCUGAGGCUGCAGGCACCUUUAAUGUUUAAACCAGCUUGUCACCUGACCUAACCUGGAUCGUCUGCUCGGGAGAGGGCGGCUGCAGGAGAGACGGGAUCGAGGGUGGUGGAAGGGAUAGGAGCCGCCUACUGACGUCUAGAACCUGCUGUGCAAGUGCAGGCGGCGCUGCCUUCCCCUGGCAGGAGAGGAGAGGAGAGGAGAGGGAAGGAGCCCGGCGGCAGCUGACAAUGUGCAAUGCCAGAGGAGCGGCCAGUCGGGCAGGCAGAGCCGGCUAGAGGCAGGCGCUGAGCCGGUACCUGCCGCCACCCGCACCUGGCGGAGGGGCAGGGGCAGGCAGCCGCGGCGGGCUGGAGCAGGAUGUUUAAAGGUUAAGUGCCAAACACCAAAAUGAGUGUGACUUCGUGGUUCCUGGUGAGCAGCACUGGCAUUCGCCACCGGCUCCCUCGGGAGAUGAUAUUUGUUGGCAGAGAUGACUGUGAACUAAUGCUCCAGUCCCGCAGUGUGGAUAAACAGCAUGCUGUAAUCAACUAUGACAAGGAUAAAGAUGAGCACAGGGUGAAGGAUCUUGGGAGCUUAAAUGGGACUUUUGUGAACGAUGUCCGGAUUCCUGACCAGAAAUACAUCACACUAAAACUGAACGACGUGAUUCGCUUUGGCUAUGAUUCUAACAUGUAUGUCUUGGAACAAAUUCAACACAAAGUACCAGAGGAAGCAUUAAAGCACGAAAAGUAUACUAGCCAACUUCAGAUGAGUUUCAAGGGCACCGUGAUGAAAAAGGUGGAGCAGCUGGUGGAACAUGGUGGUUAUACCGAAUCCCCGCAAGCAAAACUGGAGAGAGGAGAGAAGAAAGCAAUUACAGAGACAGCUCCUUAUCGCACACCCCUGUAUGGUCAGCCUUCAUGGUGGGGAGAAGAUGAUGCAAAUAACAAACUAGAAAGGCAGGAGGACAGAAGGCAAGAAGAACAUUAUUCAGAAAGAACGAAGGAGAUAUCCCAGCAUGAAGGGGAGAUCAAUGGUAAUGUUAUUGCUUAUCGAGACUCCCAGGAACAGUCUGUGUAUGCAUUCAGAAGAGAACCUAGUUAUUUUGAAAUCCCAACGAAGGAAUUCCAACAGCCGGCAAAAUCUCCUGAAACACAGGUCCAUGAAAUCCCAACGAAGGACAUCGAUGCCGUGGUGCCACCGGUUGUGCAAAGCCAUGCCUCUUUUACCAUUGAAUUUGAUGACUGUACCCCUGGUAAAAUAAAGAUAAAAGAUCAUGUAACUAAGUUUUCACUCAGACAGAGAAGACCUUUCAGUAAGGAUGCGGGUCACACAGAGAUGAUGUCAGCGGAGAGCAAGGUGGCUGAUUGGCUGGUUCAGAAUGACCCAAGUUUGAUGAGAAGGCAGUCUCCAGGAGAUGAUGUGUACAGUACAAAGAGUGACCUUCCGGUUCAUGUGAGGACAUUGAAAGGUAACAGACAUGAAGAUGGGACGCAGAGCGAUUCUGAAGACCCCGUUGCACCCACAGCAGAAAAGGAGACCACCAGCAAUGACCAUGCAGCUGAACAAGCCAGGCUGCAGCGCCAGAUCAGGCGUGACCCCCACGAAAUGCUGCAUAACCAGCAGGCCUUCGUCAUCGAGUUCUUUGAUGAUGACACGCCUCGUAAAAAGAGGUCACAGUCUUUCACGCACAGCGCACACUCCUCCCAGAGCGACACGGAUCCCGUGCCGAAAACCAAGGUGGAAAAGCGCAAAGCUGCCAUGCCUGCUGAGAAGCUUGGUAGCCCAGUGCCACCUCCUCAUCUGGCUGCCCAGGCAGGCAAGCCAGCUAGCAACUCCUCGGGGACACAGAGAUCCAGCUCCUUUAAGAGAGAGAAGACAGAAGAUCGGAUCAGCUCUUCGUCAUCCUCUGCUUCAAGGCCGUCUGCAAAGAACUACGGCAGCAUUGGGAGGAAGUCUAAAAUUGCUCAGGAUUUUGCUGCUGAGUAUCUAAGGGAGAACUCUCAAGCUGGAAAGGUCAGCGCUGAGAAGCCAGCACCUCUGCAGAUGCCAGUGGCUCCCCGGGUAGUAAUAUCGUCUGCACCAGACCCUGCCACCGCACCACCUACCGACCCCAAAUUGGUCAAGGCUCGGAAGCACGAUGAGGAGGAUAGUUUAAGUGAAACGGGCACAUACACCAUUGAGACGGAGUCCCAAGAUAAAGAAGUAGAAGAAGCUCGGAAAAUGAUAGAUCAGGUUUUUGGCGUGUUUGAAUCUGCAGAGUUUUCCAGAUUAUCUUCAGCCUACAGACCUGUUAUAAAAGGCGAAAAGGAAGACUCAAGCUCUCACCAGCAUCUAAUCACUGAAAAUGGCACCAGUCAGAAGACACUUUUGCUCCAGGCAUUCCCUUCAAAACCCACUUGUGGGUCCCAGGCUGAGAUGCAGGUGCCUCCAGCAUCUCAUGGUGGUCAGAAAUGGGUCUCUAGGUGGGCAAGUCUUGCUGACAGCUACACAGACUCAGGGCUUUGUGAUGGUCAACAGCAGGGAUUAGUAUCUGAGGGCCAUACAGAAAGUGGCACAGCUCAUAAACUAGGAGAACCAGAGACCAUUGUGCCCUCAAGAACAAGAAGGCUUCUUCCCCAGCUCCCACCGAGUGAUAAAUCUGACAGCCCAACACCCACAGUUUUAAUUUGUCAAGACUCGUAUCCCGAAGUAUCCAAGAGAAAUGUUGUAAAGGAACAGGGUAAAGAAACCUGUGCUGAUCCCAGCACCCGAUUGUUCAUCCAAGAGGACUUGGAUCCUGAUAGCCUGAGUGAUGCCAGCAAGUCCGACGACGGCUUUGGUUUGGAAAAAGGAAAGAAAUGCAAAGAAAACAGUAAAAUGCCUGAGCAAGAACGACGAAGCGGGGAAGACUUAAAACCUGAGGUCCGACAGCCGGCAGCACCAGGGGUUUCAAGUAUCACAGCUGUAAGUGAGCCAGUAUCUACAUCCUUCUACAUUGGUGAUGACACUAAUGAAGUUGGGAUUCCCUCCAAGCUUUCUCUAAGCACGUCUCAUUCUCGAGCAGACAAAGAAUGCAAGGAUCAAGAGUGUCCUGUCAAGUCACUCAGUGCAGCAGCUUCUGGAAAGCCAGUGGUCAAAGACGUUAACAGCACUUACGUUAGCGCAUCGGGGCAAAUGGUUAUUUCCCUUCAUCAGAAUCUUUCUCAAGAGCAAGAAAACAUAGCCACAAAAGAAAUAUCCUCCUUCAUUAGGCAGGAAAGUUUUACCAAAGAUAAAUCAAGCGGCGUUGUUCCUCAGAAUAAACUUCCUCAUAUUUCAAGUCACCCUCUGCUUAAAGAUUUAGAUGUUGCACGAUCAAGUCGUAUGGACUAUAAUCAAGACACUCAUCUUAUCCUUAAAGACACUGAAACUGCUUUGGCAGCACUGGAAGCCAAAAUACUCUGUCAAAACCACCAGUUGGACCUUUCCGAAACUAUUCCCGGGCAGCUAGAAGACUCCUUAUCUGGGGACUCUGAUGUGGACACGGCAAGCACGGUCAGCUUGGUUAGCGGUAAAAACGUCCCAAGCAGCACACCGAAAUGCCAAGUUCCGAGCAGCUUGCAGAAAGAGAAAUCCUCCUCCACUCCCUCUAUCCAGGACCAGUGCAGCCAGCCCAGCGCUCGCGAAAGGCUGUCAGAAAAACGCAGGAUGCUUCCGCCCGAGGCAGGAAACAGAGGAGAAACCGCCAAACGUUUCCAAAUAAAGCGUAGUGCUGGGGCUCGUGGGUCACUGGAUUUUACGGACGACGAAAGAAGCUCUAGUCUUCCUUACUUCCCAGUAGCUGAAACGGCCUCCUCUGAUCACGAGCAUUCUGUGUCAAAAUCCGUCCCCAGAAGGAAACCUUUUACUCAGGCUGUGAAAGAGGAGCGCGGCAAAGUGACUGCCAAUGUGCAAAAAAUCCAGCAAGUUCUCACCAGGUCCAACAGUUUAUCGACCCCCAGGCCCACGAGGGCCUCAAAACUCCGUCGCGCCCGGUUGGGAGAUGCAUCAGAUAAUGAAUGUGCCGACACCGAGAAAACCACCUCCAACCUCGAAGCCACAACUACGUCUUCUAAACAAUCCGCGGAGUCUAAAAAGCUGUCCAGGCUUGACAUCCUUGCCAUGCCAAGGAAACGGGCAGGUUCGUUUACGGUGCCAAGCGACUCUGAAACUACGCAGCCAAGAACUGGGUUUUCGGGACGCAGUGUGGAGUCGUAUUAUGCAAAUCGGAAGCCACCUGUGUCAGAGGCUAGAACUGCCGCUAGAAAAACUGCAGCUGCUGCUACUACAAAGCAACCUUUCAGUAGAACUCGUUCUAGCAGUGUCAGGUAUUCAUCCACCUCCACUUCAAGGCGGAGACAGCAGGGUUCAGAUUACACUUCUACUUCAGAGGAGGAGUAUGGCUCAAAUCACAGCUCCCCUAAACACAAACGCUCCCAUACUUCAACAGCCACGCAGACAUCUAGGCCGCACAGUUCUGGGCUGAGGCGUCAGAAGCACAGCGGGAGAGAAACGGACGAUGACGAAGACUACGAUGAACCUGACCCCUUCCACUUCAGCGCACAAACAGCCGAGAUAGCCGAGAUAGCCAGAUUAAGCCAAACCUUGGUGAAAGAUGUAGCCAUCCUUGCUCGAGAGAUUCAUGAUGUCGCAGGCGAUGGGGAUUCCCAGAGUUCGUCAGGAACCGGACCAAGCACCUCCCUCAGCUCCGUACCCAACACCCCUGCUUCUACCAUAUCAGCAAGGGAAGAGAUUGCUCGUACAUCUUUACGGCCGGCAUAUCCAUCUCAGUUGGUGCAGCACAUUCCAGAAGCAAGUCUGAACUACCAGAAGGUGCCUCCCGGGUCAACAGGAUUCAAGGAUUUUGAUCAAAAUAUGAACGACAAUAGAGAAGAGGAUCUCUCGAGAAAAACAAGGACAAGAAACCGAGAGGAGGUCAUCUUUGACAACCUGAUGUUGAACCCAGUGUCUCAAUUAUCCCAUGCGAUCCGUGAAAAUACAGAAAACCUGGCUGAAAAAAUGAAAAUUGUGUUUCAGAACACUGAAAGGACCUGGGAGGAGAUGGAGGCCAAAAUUAACUCGGAAAACGAAGUGCCAAUUUUAAAGACCUCAAACAAGGAAAUCAGCUCUAUCCUAAAGGAGCUAAGAAGAGUUCAGAAACAGCUGGAAGUUAUAAAUGCUAUCAUUGACCCCAGUGGGAACUUGGAUGUAGUUGCUACUAACAAAGCGUCCUCUGCUGCUACACAGUCUACAACCACUAAAGUCAGGACUGCUAACCAUUCUGGCUCCACGUUGGAGAUUUUGUCACCAGUACAGAUGAGAAAUUACAUCCAGAAAUCGAACUGUGGAUCUUCUAGCCUACAAGAUGCUAAUUUCAUUCCAGAUGGAGAGAAAUACGUGAUCUGAUACAAUAUUUUAUAUUGCUAUCAUACUGUCAUUUACUGUGGCGUUAGUUUUGUGUCCGAGUGGUUGUGGACAGUUCGUAUGGAGCAGUUGUUUAGAUUGCUAACACAUUACACACACACACACACACACACACACAAACACACAAAAAAACUAUGCUGUGUGGGUGAAUGGCAAGUCUGUGUAUGCCUUUUGAACAAGACUAGCACUGUGGAGCAGCACAUAUUCAGCAUAGAGGCAAACUCUGAUUUUUACAAUACAACUCACUUAAAUUCUUCCAAUGUGCCAUAAGAAACAGGCUUUGCAUAUCCUCCAUUUGCUACUGCCGAAGCUCUAAAGUGUUCUUGGAUUAGCCUGUUUAUAAUUCUCAGUUACUGGUAGUUCAGUUGUAACAAGGCUCUGUUUAAAAAAGAAGUGUACUUUUUUUUGAUUGGCGCUACAUUUUGGACUGAUUUUAAAAAUAGAGCAUUACAAUUCUAUUGGAAUCAACUUGCAUACCUAGCAGUAUAUUGGUGCAAUACAGUGGGUUUCUAUAAGGAACUCUGUUUUAGUUGUAUGAAAAUUGUUUUCGGUGUUUGCAAAAAAAAAAAAGGAAGGAACCACUUUGAAUCUAUGUGCAUCAUGCUUUCAAUCCAAAACCUUUGUUUUUCUAUUGAUAAGGUAUAAAAUUUCUAAUAUAGUUGUAGAUUCUGAACAUAUUUCAGGCACAAAGCUUCAAGUAUACAGAUGUAGAUUAGCCUUAUAAAUGAGAAGGUCAGUUUUUAUAGUUGAGCUUGCCAAAUUCUCAUUAUUUCAGUAUAAUCGCUGUCUGAAACUUUUUUGAAAAUAUAAUAGUCUUUCAUAUUGAGCUGCAAAUUCUCCUGAAUGAGCUAAAGAGCAAGUUGUCUGUGAUCAGCCAGUUACUAAGAAAAACAUCUGUUCCAUUGGCUCAUGUAAUAAACGUAAUUACACAAUGGCUGUGAACUAAUAUUCACUCUACAGCACUCAAAAUAAUGGCUUCAGUGUGGCUCUGCCUUUACUGAUAGUGUUGUCAUGAGAUUUUUCGUGUCCAGUUAUGCAUGAAUACACACCGUCCUGUUGUAUUCUUGAGAACCUACCCCACGGUAUAAAGCUGCUGGUGUUACAAUGCAUUGGUAUGACUCUUUUGGUCCAUUAUAAUCUUAGGAACACUAAGGAUUAUUUUGCAGCAGCAUUGAGAGAAUACCGUA